UCAGUUUUCGAUGAUGAUUGUUAAAGAGUGUUGUGUUAUGCCAUAGAUUUUUUUAUAUUUAGUUUCUGUGUUAAAGUACCAGUUGUAUUAGAGGGCAGCAAUAGAUUUUUUAUAUAAUUUAAUAAGUGAAUUGGUUUGUUGAUGAGAAAGUGCUAAGACUGUAAAGAAUGAGGACACAUAAAUAGCUUAAGCUUAGUGGAUUUGGAAAGAAAUAAUGACAAAACUAGCCAGCACUCGUCGGGCACGUAACCAAGCUGCAUCAUUAGCUAUACCCCGCCAAAACUCUGUUUCUGACAAUGGCAAGGUGCGUCAAAACCUCAGUCCAGAAGCUCUAGCAUCUAUGAGCAAGGAGCAACUGCGAGCAGAAUGUAGAAAACGUGGCCAACGGACUUCAGGCAACAAAAAUGAGCUGCUCGCCCGCUUAGGGUACUACAAGCUGGCGGCUGCAGUGCAAACUGACACGGAGCAAAUACAGCGUCCACGUAACGGGCUGCAUCACGCGCCGUCGAAAGAGAUUAAAACUAAACCAGCCCCUAUGGAUACCGACAGCUUAGUGCUAUGGAGGAGACCACUCACAACUUUGGAGUACUUUUUUCGGGAACUAUUUAUAUUAUGCUCAACGGGUUUACGAAGACUGUUAGCGUACAAAGGUUUAGCAGCAUCACUAAUUGUUCUAGUCAGCGGUGUCGCCGCCUCAUUUUAUGUUAAUGGCCCUCAUCAGCCGUUUGUGCAGGAGGCAGUACUGACUCUUGCUUGGUGGGGCUGGUGGGUGGUCCUCGGUGUUUGCAGUUCAGUAGGUCUCGGUACAGGCCUGCAUACAUUCCUCCUAUACCUGGGUCCGCAUAUAGCACGCGUAACACUUGCCGCGUACGAGUGCGGUGGACUUAACUUUCCUUCGCCUCCAUAUCCCAACGAUAUAAUAUGUCCGACGGAGAUUGACCCCCAAAACACCGUGUCGAUAUGGAAUAUAAUGGCCAAGGUUCGAAUAGAGUCUAUGAUGUGGGGUAUGGGGACAGCGUUGGGGGAGUUGCCCCCGUACUUUAUGGCCCGAGCUGCUCGGUUAUCGGGGGGCGGAGUAGCUGAACUUACAGCUGAUGACGAUUCCAAAACUGGCAGGGCAAAAGUAAUGAUCCAAAAACUGGUACAACGGGUUGGUUUCGCUGGUAUACUUGCGUGUGCGUCUAUACCAAACCCACUAUUUGACUUGGCCGGUCUCACUUGUGGACAUUUUCUGGUACCAUUUUGGACCUUCUUCGGGGCGACGCUUUUGGGCAAAGCAGUAAUCAAAAUGCACAUACAGAAGAUGUUUGUGAUAAUUGCGUUUAAUGAAACGCUGGUCGGCCAAGUUCUCCAAUGGGUAGAACGGAUACCGUACAUUGGGCCCAAACUAGAGGCUCCCUUACUGGAGUUCCUCAGGAACCAAAAAGCUAGAUUACAUAAAAAUGCCUCACAGACUGACAAUCAAGGCUCAGUCCUCUCUAUGUUAUUAGAAAAGUUUGUUCUAGCCAUGGUUCUAUACUUUGUGGUGUCUAUAGUGAAUGCGCUCGCACAGAAUUACAGCAAACGCUCCGCAAAGAAAAAGGGCAAGAAGAAGGAUUAGGGUAUGAAGGCCGCCGAAGCGGUCGGACUCGCACGGCGGAGGACAGAUAAGACUCAACGGCAUCGGUAGUACAUUGCUUUAUACUCUAUUAAUCAGAUUCAAAGUCGAGGUUUAGCUUGUAUGACUUCCGUACGCCAAAUUAGUUAGGGCACGGAAAUCUAAGUCUCGAUUCUGAAUCUGGGGAAUGAUUUACGCCAAUACCAUAGACGACGCCGAGCAUAGACUGUAUAGGCUAUUAUAAUAUUCGAACUUGCUUAAAAAAUGGCAUUAAAGGGGUAAUUGAGAGUAAGUUUAAAUGAUUUAAAUGAUACAUACAGCUUAGGUAUUGUAAUUGUCGCGUUAGUCAAUUU